AUCGUGCAGCCCUUUUCCAUUCAAAUCGCGGGGAUCUCGAAAAUCACGGAAUUUCCUUCGAUGGGUUCUCGUUGUAGAAGGCAAUUUGCACACAAAAUUUGGGAUGGAAUAAGAUGUGGAUGUCAAGAAGUGCUUUCUUAAACCCUAAAUUAACUAAACGCAGAAGGGGAGAUUUGAGAAACAGAGAGAAAAAAUUAUGAGGGGGGUGGGCGACGAAGACAGAGAGAACAAAUAGAGAGUCACCGAUUGUGAUGUCGGCGAGGAAGACGACGAUGGCUACUGGAGUUGCUCUUGACGACAACAUCGACUUUGUUGAUGAACAGGGAAAUGAAAUUACUGUCAAAUGCGUUUCUGGAAAGGGGAGGGGCUCUUCAACUUCGGCGCAUGCAUUAAUGGAAGUGGAAUCAAUUUCCCAUUUCGCAUUCAUUCCCUCACCAACAGAACUAAUCAAAAGCGAAAGCUGUGGCCUUUCAGUGGCAAUCUCUCUGGCUGACAUGCAUGAAUGUGGAGCAACAAGAGUUCUCAUCAAGAAGCCCAGAACUCAACUCCGGAGCGCAACCGGAGAAGAAUAUCGGGUUGAAACCAGUGAAGAUUUCGCCAGGUUUCAGGAUCAACCCAGAUCCGCAUUUCGGUUAUUCAUGGAGGAGUUUGCCAAGACAUGCCCUGAUGGGGAUGAAAUUGAUGUUGAUAGGAGAGGGUUUGAGACCUGGAGAAACAUGUCUAAAAUGGAGAGGCAACCCUAUGAGCUUCGAGCUGAGAAGAUAUAUUCUGCUUACUUAAAAGGCCUAAUCGAAGAGGAGAAUAAUAUGCCAAAGGUGAAUGAUGAGGCUGAAUCAGUUGAAGUCAAGAACUAUGAGGAGGUUUGUCUACACAAUUCUUCUCAAGUGUUUCUAACUAUUUCUUGAAUACUUAUACAUCAAAAAAAUAAUAAUGUGUGCGUAUAUACCGAUAUAUUAUUAACAUACAUUUAGAGUUAUGAAAAUGUUACGUGCUCUGAUGGAUAUUUGAGGUGUUCAGAUGAAAGCAAGAACCUAAGCUCCUAUUUAAAAUGGUAAGGGUUCAUGCAACCAUGUCUUUGUUUUUUCUUCAACAAUCAAAACAAAGGUGUUAU